AUGGUGGAGUAUGACUUUGACUCGAUAUUCAAUCAUCCGCAAGUGAUGAUGCGUGACCGAGAAGCAGUUGAGAAGAAGCUACGAAUUAUGGUCGAGGGAGGCAAAGAAAAGCUUAUGCUGCAACUUCUGAAAGAGAAAUUCUUCCCUGUCGAAUUCGAUCCGAAACUGACACUUGAGCAAAAAGUGCCUUUCAUGGAGGAAUGGUGGAACUCUUCACAUAAUCACAUUGUUUCCGCCAAAUUUGAUCGGACGACUGUCGAAGGGUUUGUGCGAAAAUCGAAAAUUAUAUUGAGGGAUCAAGCUGAGUGCUGA